UACUACCAUUCUUCUUGUAAUUUGUCUUUUUUAUUCACUGAACUUUUCCACUCUCUUGCAAAAAUCAGAGCCACCCACGAGGACCCCUUCUUUUAAUAUCCUUUUUGCACUUUUAUUUAUAUAUAUACACAUAUUCAAGUUCGUUCUCCAUAUAGUGUUGAUUCUAGCUACUCUUCUUUGGCCAUCCAUUGCUAAAUAUUAAUUUAAUUAAAUUUCUAGCCAUCCUAAUGGCAGAUUGGGAUCGAUCAAGCACAUCAGAUAAUGCCUCAGUGGUCUCAGCUGAAUCUGAGCGAAAACUAUUGAGUUCACGUAAAUCCACGUAUUGUAUUGUAGAUCCCUUCCCAGUGGUAGCACAAGAGACUACCAGCGAAGAAACCUCAAAACUUGAAUUUUCAGAAGAUGAGGAAAUGCUCAUUGCUAAAAUGUUUAACUUGGUCGGUGAAAGGUGGUCACUAAUUGCUGGAAGAAUCCCAGGAAGAAGUGCUGAUGAUAUUGAAAAGUACUGGAACUCGAGAUACUCCAAGUGCCAGGGCGACAAUCUGCCGGAGAUACUGCACCAACCAAAAGAUGACGCUCAAACCAUUGGGCUGAAAGAGGAAUCUGGGCAUUCAACGGAAAAAAUUAAGGGGCAACAUCAACCACACGAACAACAUACCAGUGUAAUUUCACAAGUGGGCGACAGUGAUAAUUUUACGUUCAAGUGACAACCGAGAAUGUAAAAUUUUAGUAGCGGGUAAAUUUCCAUUUCUUUCAACCUUCAGGGGCUGGGCCUCAACAAUAAUUGGACCUUACAGCAACAUCUCCACAGAAAUGUUAGCCCAGCCCAAGAUUCAGACAAACCAAUAACAUAUACUUCCAGAGUCAAAGGAGUUGUUGCUUUGUUUCUUUAAAUCGCAUGAACAGAUUGUUAAAUAAAUAUUUGUUUUUCAUUUAGUUAGUUAGUCUAUUUUGCAAAACAUAA